GAGGGAUUAAAUUAAAUAUAAAUUUUUUUCCCUUUUUUUUUUUCUUAUUCUUUCCUUCUUUUUACAUGCAAUGAAAGGGUACAUUAUGGAUAUUGCCGAGUUUCCAACGCAAGACUUGAUAAAGAUUGUAUCUGACUUGCUGGAAUCCAUGUUGAAAGCCAAUAACCAGAUACCUAAUACGCAAAUUACAUACUUUCAUUCCCGAGCAGUACCCAGCAUCACAGUGCUCACCUAUUUAACAAGGAUACACAAGUUUGCACCCUUCACCAAUGAAGCACUCUUGUCCAUAUUGAUUUAUUUUGAUGCCAUUGCCAAACUAGAGAACGGCUUCACAAUCAAUUCGUAUAAUAUACAUCGACUCUUAAUUACUAGUAUUGUUGUUGCUUCCAAGUUUACAUCUGAUAUCUUUUAUGCCAACAGUCGAUAUGCCAAAGUGGGUGGAAUACCUCUGCGUGAAUUAAAUCAAUUGGAAUUAGAAUUUCUGUUUCUUAUUGAUUUUCAGUUACAUGUAACAUUGGAGAACCUUCAAGCUUAUGCAGAUCAAUUGUUAUCACACGCAAUGUCACUACCAAACCCAAUCACUCUACAACAAAAUACAAUCAUUCAUCAUUACAUACAUCAUCCUAAUCCUAAUAUAUCCAUCGUCGCACCCUUGACUCCACCUUAUAAUCCAACACCGAUAACCAUGAAAAGAAAAUCAUCUUAUCAGCCUCAUACAACCAAAAAGAGACGACUGGGCUUGGUCUCUCCCAAGGAAGAUUAACCCUCUCCUCUCCUUGUAAAUAUACACUUUAAAGUACAUAAUAAAGAAAAAUAUAUACACAUUUUUUGUUAU